UAGUUGACUGACGCGUUAGUGUAGCGUGAGGAACUGUCGACCGGGUACAAGUCUAGGUAAACGCUUCCAUCGGCUGAGUUAGACUGGUACCCAGUCUCACCUCUCGGCUUAGGUCCACCUCCCAUCGAGUAAUCGAGGUGGGAGCGAGUACCAGUCUACGGCUAAGUUGGCAAACGUUCCCCGCGCUCUGACGUCAGACUUGUUUUGACCAGCAUAUGAUGAUCAUGUGAUAUACGUGCUCGCUGCUCUGCGUUUUGAUUGUCGUUUGUGGUAGCCAUGUCAUAAUAUCAUGUUUGUUGAUCAUUACUGAUAUUUAAAGAAUCAAGUGCAGACAGCAAGAUAGAUGUAGGCCGGGCCUACCCGCGCUCACUACUCAGGUAUGUGAGGGUGUAACUGUAGCCGUGUGUACUGUAGGUGAUCUGUCGUCUACUCUAUAGGCCCAGAUUAGCCACAAGUUCCCAUCUCGCUUUUAAACACUACGUGGCGAGAGGCUCCGCCGUUCCUCCGCCGUGUAACUAGUCGGAGAGCCUGGUCGGUUUAGGCCCAGAUGAAAACAAAUCAAAUUCAGUGGUAUUAAGACAAUAGGCCCCCUUAGUCUAGAGCAUACUACAACGUCAUGCCGUUUGGUGAGAUACUGAAAUCGGCUGUGAAGCUGCUUCAUAUGCCAACUAAGUUGCAGUCGUUCGUAAUUGGCAACGCCAACGGCAAGCAGCAGUUCACUCCGUUGAAGAAAUGCAAGGAUCUGAUUGCCAGUCGGUACGAAAAGCAGCAGGCGCAGCGGUUGAAGAGCUUCGGUCGUUGUAACCAGUCUGUGCGCUACCACCAGCACGCACCCGCUGCUAGGCAGAUAACCCAGCGAGUGUCGGGCUGGGCGCGCGACACCCAGGCUGCACGCAUACGACGUGAUGCGGCGUUGAAUUUCAAGUCACGUUCCGUUAAGAAUGCCGGUGCCACUCUGGGAUUCAUAGCCUUCGGCCUUGCGACAGUUUCGCAAGAUGACGAACUCGAAGAUGAGGACAACACUGACAACCGUUCCCACUUCAUUAUUAAAACAAGAUUUUCAGCCCGAUAUCCAUCAUUUGGCACCAGCGAUGCUGGUUUGAAUAAUAUUGGAAGUUGCCUGGCUGAAUAUGAUUUUGGUCAGUUCAUUGGUAAAGGCUGCAAUGGUGCUGUAUAUGGAGCAAAGCUGAAAAGUGAGUUUUGCUACAGUGACAGCGGCAUAGGAGCAGACAGCAAUUGCAGCAAUGAUGAGGAGGAGGAGAGUGAGAAUCUGGAGGCUGACUACUUGGGAUCUGAUAUCGAUGUAGAGGACCUCAGAGCUGUGGAGGGUCAGGAGAGUGUCACUCCUUCAUCUGCACUAGCCAUUAGCACGAAAGAAGAUGACUCUAUUGAAGAAGAAGAAGUACAUCUAUCAGCAGAUGGUGCACCCUGUGGCUCUGUUUCCAAUCAUGAGUUUAGAGACGACAGAAAUGGGGGCUAUAAUUUGGCCAUCAAGGUCGUAUUCAACUAUGACCAUGACCCCUACGAUCGCACACCACAGACCACUCAGCUGCAGUGCCUGUUACAGGAAGCGGUGCCUGCCAAGGCAUCCAGUUGCUUCAACCACAUGGAUCCAUGGCAGAACGGGAAUAAGGUGAGAAUGAAGCGGCUCCAACCUCACGUUAACAUCGUCGACAUGCCGCACGUGAUAUACGGAAGCUGGCCCCUUGAACUAUUGCCGACGGCUGUGCAGGAGUACCCUGAGGCCCUGCCACCCAGCCUCAACCCCCUGACCGGACUCGGCCACAACUCCACCAUCUUUCUCGUCAUGAAGAGGUACACACUGACGCUGACUCAGUACCUCACAGAGAAUGAUGCCAGCCCGACCGUGCGGCUGAUGCUGUUCGCUCAGCUCCUAGAAGGCGUGACACAUCUAUGGCAUCACGGCCUUGCUCACGGCGAUCUCAAAGCUGACAACAUUCUACUGGAAUGCUCCAGUGGACAUUCGUGUCCACAGCUGGCGAUUGGUGAUUUUGGGUGUUCAUGCUGGAUGGCUGAGCGUGUCUGUGUUGGUGGUAAUCGAAAUCUCAUGGCUCCUGAGGUCACUAGAUCCAUAUUGGGCACAGAGUCUGAUAGCGACCUUUCCAAAGCUGACCUGUGGGCUGCCGGAGCCCUAGCUUACGAGAUAUUCGGUGCACCUGCCUCAAAUCCUUUCCAUUGUCGGCUGGACAGCAUGACUUACAAAGAGUCCGACCUGCCCCCUGUCAGGACGAGGUUGCCGGGGGCACGUGGAAAAGUUGUGGAGAAUCUGGUGCAGUUAAUGCUCCGAGUGGACCCAGCAGAGCGUCCAACUCCUGAUGAGGCAUCCACAAUACUUGCGAUUCUGCUCUGGGGACCAAUGAACUGGUGGCUCCCCCUGCAGGGCAAAAUGCCCACUAUCGAAGACAUUAUAACUUGGUAUAGACGGCUCUCCUGCAAGUGUUUUCAACAGUGUGCAGCAGCCGGUGGGCCAAAGGGAAACCUUCUGGCUGCAGAGUGCCAGCUAUUGCUGUCUUUUAUUUUGCGAUUUAGGUUGUGUUUUGUUCAGUCGGCUAUCUAUCAGAUACAGAGUCUGGCUGCUAUUAGUUCAUUCACCCUUGCAGUCGAUUACAGCGAGUAAUGCACGUUUUAAAACGGCAUGUUCUCGCAGAAAAAUGUAUAGAUAGAUAUACCUACUGUGAGCUUGUCUAUGUUGCAGAAAUUUCUACAACUCAUUUGUAUUGCCACUUUUAUAACAUUUCUUCUGCAAACCUAAACAGUCUUACGAAACUAAUACUUUCGAAUGUUUACACAGUGUUUACACAUCCGGGAUAUAGCCGAGUGAUCGCAGUUUUCAUUAACAGUUCUUCUCUAUGAUAGAACAAGUUAUAAUUCAUUAUUCAUUGUUUGUUCAGUACAAAAUUGUGAAAUUUGUUUAAAUCGUAUGUUAGCGUAAUGUAACGCAUGUAAUCAGCAAACAAAUUAUGUCAAAUAUAACGUUUUCUUUCCAGGAACUAUUUGCGCUAGCAUAGGCCUAUUGUUAGCAUUCACAGUCACAUCGCUCUAUGUGUAUCUGUACGCUGUAACUCUUUCCGACAGUUUUCAAAAUAGUCAAAUUCGGAGCACAUUUCUGGCUCAAUAGUAUGGCUCAGUAUGCUCACAGUAGGUGUAUGUAGGCUUUUGUUGCGAGGUUUAUCCAUUUUAAUUAUUUCCUUCUUUAGGAGUUGGCUUUGAAUCUUUUGAUGUGGUUAUUUAUUAAUAUUUAGCUUGACUCAUUUUGUUAACCAAAUGACUUAGUAAUCUGCUAACAUAAACUUGGGUUUGUACUUUUAUGAUCUAAAUGUACAAGCUAUUUGAAUACUCUUGACUUUUCUAAUGCCUAAAAUGCAGUGUCUGGAAAAAUUCUAAUGUGGCAACAGUGCCAAAAUAAUAUUUACGUCCAUUUUCUUUAACACACAAGUUAUGUUAAUGUUGACUUCCACAAAAUAAUUCACGAGUAUAAUUCACUGGA